AUGGAAUCACAAAAUGAAGCUUCUAGUCCAAGCAUAAAUGUAAAUGAGUAUCCAAAUCUUACAAGCAACAAUGAAAAUUCACAAAAUACCGCUCCACUUACGAAUCUAACACCUGAACAAAUAAAUGCUUUGAAUGCUCAUUUACCAAAUGAUAUAAAUAUAGAAACACUUGCUUCUACAUUAACAAAUGAUAACGAAAGUAUAUUAAAUCAAUUAGCACCAUCACCAAUUUCAAAUACCCUAGAUACAUUGACGUUGUAUCAAUUAAUUUUGAUAAUUAUUUCUAUUGUUCAAUUUUGUCGAAAAAAAUCACCAACAUACAAUAAAAAUUUUGAAGAAAGGUUCAAUUUAACUAACGUUCAAAGUUCAAGUUCAACACAAGAAGAAAAUAGUAAUCAAAAUACGGAAAUAAAUGAAGUAAAAGAAUCUUCUCAAACACCAGAACCAGUGACAACACCAGAACCAGUGACAACACCAGCACCAGUGACAACACCAGCACCAGUCACAUCACAAGAACCAGUGACAACACCAGAACCAGUGAGAACACCAGAACCAGUGACAACACCAGAACCAGUGGCAACACCAGAACCAGUGACAACACCAGAACCAGUGACAACACCAGAACCAGUGACAACACCAGAACCAGUGACAACACCAGAACCAGUGACAACACCAGAACCAGUGACAACACCAACACCAGUCACAACACAAGAACCAGUCACAACACCAACACCAGUGACAACACCAACACCAGUCACAACACAAGAACCAGUCACAACACAAGAACCAGUCACAACACCAACACCAGUCACAACACAAGAACCAGUCACAACACAAGAACCAGUUACAACUCAAGAAUCAGUCACAACACAAGAAUCAGUCACAACACAAGAACCAGUUACAACUCAAGAAUCAGUUACAACUCAAGAAUCAGUUACAACACAAGAACCAGUCACAACUGAAGAAUCAGUCACAACACAAGAACCAGUUACAACUCAAGAACCAGUUACAACUCAAGAAUCAGUUACAACACAAGAACCUGUCACAACACAAGAACCUGUCACAACACAAGAACCUGUCACAACACAAGAACCAGUCACAACACAAGAACCAGUCACAACACAAGAACCAGUAACAACACAAGAACCAGAAACAACACAAGAACCAGAAACAACACAAGAACCAGUUACAACACAAGAACCAGUUACAACACAAGAACCAGUUACAACACAAGAACCAGUAACCACACAAGAACCAGUUACAACUCAAGAACAUGUUGAUGAGAAAAAAGAAUCGGAAGAUCCCAGCCCUUCAUUGUGCAGUUUAUCAGAAGAACCUAGCCCUUCAAUGAGCAGUUUAUGGGAAGAAAAUGGAGAAAAAUCUCACACAAAAAAAAAAAAAUCCAGCUGGUUUAAAUUUGGAAGAGGAAAAAAAAAUGAUAAAAAAAAUAAAAACGAAAAAGAACCUUCAUUAGAAAGUUUGAAAAAAAAUGUUGAAGUAAAACAAGAACACACACAUAUUCGAGAAAAUAAUAUUGAACAAGGAGCAGUAACUACUCACGAGCAGUUAAAAACGCAACAACAUGUUGAUGAGAAAAAAGGAUCGGAAGAACCCAGUCCUUCAUUGUGCAGUUUAUCAGAAGAACCUAGCCCUUCAAUGAGCAGUUUAUGGGAAGAAAAUGGAGAAAAGUCUCAAACAAAAAAAAAAAAAUCCAGCUGGUUUAAAUUUGGAAGAGGAAAAAAAAAUGAUAAAAAAAAUAAAAACGAAAAAGAACCUUCAUUACAAAAUGUAAAACAAAAUGUUCAAGAACAAAAAGAACAACCUAAUCAUACAGAAAUAUCUGAAACAACACAACCAGUUACAGCUCAAGAAUCAGUAACAUCUGAAGAACCAGUUACAGCUCAAGAACCAAGUACAACUGAAGAACCAGUAACAACUCAAGAACCAAGUACAACUGAAGAACCAGUAACAACUCAAGAACCAAGUACAACUGAAGAACCAGUAACAACUCAAGAACCAAUUACAACUGAAGAACCUGUAACCACACAAGAACCAGUUACAACUGAAGAGCCCGUAACCACACAAGAACCAGUUACAACUGAAGAGCCCGUAACCACACAAGAACCAGUUAUAACUCAAGAACCAGUUACAACUGAAGAGCCCGUAACCACACAAGAACCAAUUACAACUGAAGAACCCUUAACCACACAAGAACCAGUUACAACUCAAGAACAACCAACAACAGAAGAACAUGCUGAUGAGAAAAAAGGAUCGGAAGAUCCCAGCCCUUCAUUGAGUAGUUUAUCAGAAGAACCUAGCCCUUCAAUGAGCAGUUUAUCAGAAGAACCUAGUCCUUCAAUGAGCAGUUUAUGGGAAGAAAAUGGAGAAAAAUCUCACACAAAAAAAAAAAAAUCCAGCUGGUUUAAAUUUGGAAAAGGAAAAAAAAAUGAUAAAAAAAAUAAAAACGAAAAAAAAACUUCAUUAGAAAAUGUAAAACAAAAUGUUCAAGAACAAAAAGAACAACCUACACUUUCAGAAAUAUCUGAAACAAAACAACCAGUUACAGCUCAAGAAUCAGUAACAUCUGAAGAACCAGUUACAACUCAAGAACCAAGUACAACUGAAGAACCCGUAACCACACAAGAACCAAUUACAACUGAAGAACAAGUAACCACACAAGAACCAGUUACAACUGAAGAACAAGUAACCACACAAGAACCAGUUACAACUCAAGAACCCUUAACCACACAAGAACCAGUUACAACUCAAGAACCCUUAACCACACAAGAACCAGUAACAACACAAGAUACAGUAACAGCUGAAGAACCAGUAACAACUCAAGAACCUGUUACAGAUCAAGAAUCAGUAACAACUGCAGAAUCACUUACAACACAAGAAUCACUUACAGCUCAAGAAUCACUUACAACCCAAGAAUCAGUAACAACUGCAGAACCAGUUACAACUCCAGAAUCAGUAGCAACUCCAGAACCUGUUACAACUCAAGAGACUAUAACGACGCAAGAACCAGAUAUAACACAAGUAUCAGUAACAACUCAAGUAUCAUCAACUACACAAGAACAUAUUGACGAGAAAAAAGGGUCUCAAUGUGAUCAUAUUUCAUUGAAUAAAUUAUCUGAAGACAAAUCUUCCACGAAAAAGAAAAAAUCCAGUUGGUUCAAUUUUGGAAAAAAAGAUAAAAAGGAUAAAAACGCAUCAUCAAGAAGUAUGAAAGAAACAUAUGAGAAAGAAACACAAACAGAAGAACCAGAACAUGAAAUAACAGAAGCAUCUCUAAAAACUGAAGAACCUGUAAUAACACAAGAAACUGAACCAACAGAACAAACUGUACAAGUACAAGAACAAGUAACGCCUGAACAAACUGUACAAACACAAGAACCAGUGACAACACAAGAACCUGUCACAACACCAGAACCAGUUACAACACAAGAACCAGUGACAACACAAGAACCAGUGACAACGCAAGAACCAGUGACAACACAAGAACCAGUGACAACACAAGAACCAGUGACAACACAAGAACCAGUGACAACACAAGAAUCAGUGACAACACAAGAACCAGUGACAACACAAGAAUCAGUGACAACACAAGAACCAGUGACAACACAAGAAUCAGUGACAACACAAGAACCAGUGACAACAACAACACCAGUGACAACAACAACACCAGUGACAACACAAGAGCCUGUGACAACAACAACACCAGUUACAACACAAGAGCCUGUGACAACAACAACACCAGUUACAACACAAGAACCUGUGACAACAACAACACCAGCAACAACAACAACACCAGCAACACCAGCAACACCAGCAACACCAGCAACACCAGCAACACCCGCAACAACCGCAACACCAGCCACAAGACCAACACCAGCCACAGCAUCUUCUGCUAAAAAAAAAUCAUGGAUGAGCUUUGGAAAAGGUGACAAGAGUGAUAAAAAAAAUAAAACUAAAACAAAUGAAGAUGAUAAACCCAAAGAAAGCUUAUCGACCGAAAAUGAAGGACAAGCAAGUAAAAAUAAAAGGAACACUAAAUCAUGGAUGAGCUUUGGAAAAGGUAAAAAAUAA